AUGAACAUACGAUGCCGCAGAAAGGGGACUAUUAUGCCCAUCGCGCUGCUUUUGGCAGCAAAAGCUAAUGCAUCAGAUAUGCCAUCCUACGUAAUAGGGUGCAUGGCUAUUGGAAUCGAAGAUUCGCCUUGCACUUUGACCAAUACCACUUGUAUCUACGCAGAUGCCUCGCUGCAAGCCAAUUUGACAGCUUAUAUGCAAAUAACCUGCACCGUUAAGGAUAGUCUAACUACGGCAAACGCUACGAGUACUAUAUGCUAUAGCCUAAUCCGCAACAAGGCUAAUGUCAUCACUAUCACAAAUUCGGUGUUUGGGGGGUUAGCAAUUGUUGCAACCUUUAUUCGAAGUCUAGAGUUCCGCAAGCAUUUUGGUCUAGAAGAUAUCUUUGUGAUAUUUGGACUAUACAAUUGGAUCGUCGAGAUGCUCUAUGUUGGCGCGAUUACCUCUAUCAAGAUGGCCUUCCUCAAUCUCUAUCUCUAUAUUUUCCCAAAUUUCGGCCUUCGAAAUGCGAUAUAUAUCGUGAUAGGAAUAGUGGUCGCUUAUUUCUUCGCCUUUUUCUUCGGAAUUCGUGAAACAAAGGGUAGUUGUCUCGAUUUCAAUGCCUUUGGGAUCGCGUGCGUAGUGAUUAAUAUCGUUCUCGAUGUGACCGCCGUUAUGGCCUUGCCUCUCCGCGAGAUCAUGAAGCUGAACUUUAGACCAAUGAAGAAGGUUUUAGUCAUUCUUAUGUUUUGCACGGGAUUUUUCAUCACCAUUAUAAGCAUCAUUCGCCUCAAGUCAGUGGUGAUAUUUGCCUACACAACCAAUGCAACCUAUAUGAGAUAUCCUUCAAAGCUAGAGAUUAAGAUGAUCAAACUUGCUGAUAUAUGA